AUGGUCGAUCAAGGCAAAAGUAAGAAUUCUUCAUCUUUCUUAGUUUUUUUCGGUUAGGAGCUUGGAACUGUUUUGAACUUUAAGAAAACAUUCGAAAAAUUCCAAGAAAAGAUAAAAGUUCGAUUCAACUUCCUUAGAGCCAAAAAUUAUUGACUAAAAUUGGCAGAUUUUCAAAUGGAACUAGACCUUCUAGAUACAAUUAUUUUCACGCUCAUUUCGAAUCCGUGCUUGUAAACUACCUUGAAAGACAAUUUAAAAAAAUUGAAGAAUAGUCCGAAAUAACAAAAAAAGUACCAACGGAGCAGUACGAGCUUGCUUGUUUGUACGCAUGUGAAAAAAACUUGUGAAAAAAAGAUAUCAAUUUCCUCCAAGAAACGAAAAAAUUAUUUUUCAGUCAGAAAAAUUCGAAAAAUGAGUCCCAUAACGGACAAAAAAAUUUUUAAGAUAACUUUGAAAAAAAUGUGAAGAAAAAAUUUGAAACCUAACUUCUUUUUUUCAAAGAAGAUCAAUUUUAAUCAGGCGUAGGAAACUAAAAGAGGGUUGCAACAUCAAGAGUUUGAAGAGAAAUUGAUAAACUUGAGUUGGUUUGAGCUUUCUUCAUGAUAAUAGUAAUCUCGAUAAAGCAAACCGAAAUUACCUCGGACAUUUCUCAACACUUCAAGUAAUCACUUAAGAGUUCGCGUUACCAAAGACCGAGAUGUUUUUUAAUCUUUGAAAAAUUUACUUCAGAGCUAUUUUACACCGAAAAUUCUGCAAAAAAAGAUUAUUUCCCUUUUUUUCAGGACGUAUAACUACAACAGAGGCCGGACUAAGUUUUCGAGAAUUUCCAUCAAAAUUUACAAAAACAACUUUUAGUGGAGGAUAUUCCACUGGUGCCAAUUUUUAUUGGAGUUGGGGUCGCAAUUGUUGUGGUUGUCGGUGUCGUUUUUAUCUAUCGCUACGUUUCGGUAAGACUUGAAAAAUCGUGGUCGCACUUGGAAUGGCUCAAAACUCAUUGCGGCCGGCUUUCGGAGCAAGAAAAAAGUAAUAGCUUUGGGAAUUCGCUGAAAAUUCGAGGAGACGUAUUUUAGAACAGCCUUGAUUGAACCAAAUAUGGAUUUUUUAGGCAUUUUGCCUUUUUAUCAAGUAAUAGAACCUCACAGUGUGUACUUCCUGUAGAAAAUUACGGUUUUGAGCGGCAAAUCUCACUCUACUCAAAAUUAUAAUGCUAUAAAAUACCUCACAUCCCAGUUUCAGCUAAAUCUCAGAACUUUUUGAAAUCUUUUACUCGAAUUAUUCCUCUGAAUUUUUCCGAUUCCAAGUUUUGCGCCGCGGUUCGAGCCAUUCUCCGUGCGACCGUGAACUUGGUUAUUUAAAAUAAUUUCGAUCUUUUUCAGAAAAAGAACACUGAAGCCAAGCGCAAGAAGGAACAGAAAGAGAUUUCGAGACUGAGAAAAAGCCUCGAAAAGAGGUUUUGAAAUUGGAAUAUAUUGACACAGAGAAAUUUUUGAUGUAUAUUUUUUUUUACCUCUUUAUUGGCCUCAUGCCUUAAAAACCUCAUAAAUCUUCACCAAUCCUUCUUUCUUGCGCGAAAAUGAAAUUGAUUUUUUAUCAAAAAUAAAGGCUUCUGCAACAUAUUUCGACGCAAAUCCUCACAAUACGACUAAAAAUCUGAUCCUCUCCUGAUCCCUAUAAAAUCCUAUUCGAACUCACCCAAUCAUACUAUUCUCAGCUCGAAGUCGUCGUCCACGGCGACGUCGACGGCUCCGCCUACCUUGCCGCCUGCGAUGUGUCCGCCAGACGACGUCGCGACGGCGAUUCCCCUCGAUUCGCCCUCGAAUAGCCCUUCGACCAAUCAGAAUUAUCUCAGCUCUGAAACAGACAUCCAGACGAUCCCGGCGGGAGCGCCGACCACCCAGGUCAUCGUCAACUACGGCAACAAGUGGCGCAUCACCGACAAGGUUUGUUUUGAUCAAACAAUAGAUGUGCUUGCCAAAAUUCGACGAAAUGGGUCUUAUAGACACUUGGAUAUCUUGAUUCAGAUUUUAAUCGAUCAAAAAGUGUCUUCUUCGCUUUUUAAUAGAGUUCUAACACUUCAAAUUAAAAAUUUCACCUUGUCUAGUUAAGAAUAAAAGGGUUUCUGGCGUCUUUCUGGCGCUAAAAAUCUAAUGAGCGCAGUUUUCCAGCGAAUUCGAAUCAGGGUGUAUUAAAAAUCAAGUUUUUUUGUCCCACUAACUUCAGAAAAAAAAAACGGAGCUGAACUUUUUAAUUUCGGAGAGUUCUGCUCAUCUCUGCUUCCCUAGAGUGGCCACUUUUGGUUCUUUAGUUUUGGCACCAAAGGGAGCUAAUGUGGUCCCUGAAGGGAAGCCAUCCUACCAUAAGCGCCACUAACCUGCAGCUUUAAAAUGCCAACCGGUGCAAGCCGCUUGUGGUCGGGUGCAGAUUCAUAGCCUGCUUCGCGUUGAGCGUCCUGAAAAGUCGAUAACUUCAAUUUUCAGCCCCCACCGGACUUUACGUUUUCGAUCGAUAGCGACUAG